AUGGACGACCCAGCGAUCCACUGCAGGGUGGACGGCGACACAGUGGAGGGGCUGCGCGGGAGGUUGGCGGCGCUGGGGCAGGCGCUGCGGGAGCUCGCGAGCAUCGUGAAGCUGCCCGUGGCAGCGAUCAUCGAGGCGAAGGCUCUCAGGGCUGCAGGAGAUAAGGGCUCGGCACGAGCCAUGGCGGUCCGGGAGGAGUCGGAGAACGGCGAGGGCUUGGAGGAGCUGGAUGUUGGCGGCUUGCAUGGCGCCGACUUCUGCCCUUGGGUCGGGGAACAUGGCUGGGACGGCUCGGACGGGGAGUCCGAGGGAGACGACGAGGACCUGUGGGAGCGGUGCGACGGCCUGGCAAGGCCCCUGGCCAGCGACGCGGGAAACUUCGUCGACGAGGCCGACGGCUCCAUGGGCGAGGCGGCCAGCGCCAUGGUGGAGCUGGCGUGGGAGGGACUCGAGGGAGAUGCCGAGGAGCAGUGGGCGCUGUGCGACGGCAUGGCGGAGAUCACGGGGGGCUGUGUCGACGAGGCCGACUGCUCCCUGCGAAACGCGGCCCGCGCCAUCUGGUGGAGCUGGCCGCGGAGGUGA